AUGGCGACAACGUGGAUUAUGAUAAAUUUUAUACUAGCAAUAGCCGUGGGAUAUGUAUGUGGCGAUACCAUCCAAAUUUUAUCGGGCAGACGAAUGGAUAGCAAUGCUUUCAUUCGAUCCGAAAAGAUUUACAAAAAGUUUCAAACGCCAACAAGCUUUCUUAUUAAUGGUGCAUCUAAUAUAUAUGGGAAAGUGACUGGCUUCACUACUGCGUUUCAUCAUACUGUACCUCUCUUGUAUAAAAUUACUUUUGAUGCAAUAUGCACUAAUCCAAAGGGUACUAUAUGGGUAUUCCCUCGGAUUAUGGUCAAUAAUCAACUUUUCUAUAACGAUAGGUUUAUACCGAAUACUGACGAUCGUUACACAUUAAUUCCGGGAUAUACUGAAGUUCAUUCAUUUGAUCAUAUUGGUGCAGGACAAUACGCUUUUCUUUCAGGGAUAGCGACUACAAUCAGAAAGUCAGAAUUGAUUUAUUUACAACCAGGCUUACACGUAAUUGAUGUUGCAGUUCGAGCUACCGGGAAUAUGCCAGUUCAAAUUUAUUUUGGUGUAUUAACGAUUGAAUUAGUUGAGUUUAAUGAUGCGGCAAGUAUUGGCGGAAUGGUACCGAUGAAUGUUACAUCCAUUAAUUGA